UUGUCUAUCUACACUCACACUCGCAACCCUCACUUGUCUCAUAUCUCUUCACAACUCCCUCUCCACCUUAUUUCCCUCGAACAAUUUCAAGAAUCAUCAAUUUUUGAAGAGUAAUAAUUAUGGAUAAAUUGCCUAAGUGUGGAGCUAAUUAUGUUCCUCUUACUCCCAUCACUUUCUUGAAGAGAGCUGCCAUGGUUUACUCGAACCGUCAGUCUAUAAUAUAUAGAGGCGUUCAUUUCACGUGGCGCCAGACCUACGAGCGGUGUUGCCGCCUUGCAUCUGCUCUCCGGUCGUUGAAUGUUGUCAAGAACGAUGUUGUAUCAGUUUUGGCGCCAAAUGUUCCGGCGCUCUAUGAAAUGCACUUUGCCGUGCCCAUGGCCGGGGCGGUGCUAAACACCAUCAACACGAGGCUGGAUGCGCAAAACAUUGCUACGAUUCUCAAGCAUUCCGAAGCCAAAGUUUUCUUCAUUGAUUACCAGUAUGUGCCGCUGGCUCGUGAUGCCCUGCGGGUUCUGAUGGCCAACUCGCAGAACUCCGGCAGGCCUGAGAAGUUGAUGCCACUCGUGGUGGUGAUCGACGAUGUCGACCAACCGACAGGCACGCGUCUAGGCGCACUCGAGUAUGAGCAGCUCGUAUCGAAAGGCGAUCCAGGGUAUGUCCCAGCGGAGAUCACCAACGAGUGGGAUCCAAUUUCCCUGAAUUAUACAUCGGGCACGACGUCAGAGCCGAAAGGAGUGGUUUACAGCCACAGGGGGGCGUAUUUGAGCACUCUCAGCCUGAUUCUUGGGUGGGAAAUGAAGAGUGAGCCUGUUUAUCUAUGGUCACUCCCAAUGUUCCAUUGCAACGGCUGGACCUUCACGUGGGGUGUGGCGGCGCGCGGAGCGGAGAGCACGAACGUCUGCAUCCGCAGCACCACCGCUGUUGAAAUCUAUGAUAGCAUCGUUUCCCACAACGUGACUCACAUGUGUUGCGCGCCCAUAGUCUUCAAUAUACUGUUAGAAGCCAAGCAGCACGAGCGACGUCAAAUAACCGCCCCGGUAGAGAUCCUGACGGGCGGAGCGCCGCCGCCUGCGGCCCUGUUGCAGAAAAUUGAAAACCUCGGAUUCCACGUCGUCCACGCCUACGGCCUGACGGAAGCGACGGGGCCAGCGCUCGUCUGCGAGUGGCAGAAGAGGUGGAACAAACUGCCUGCCGAGGGUCAGGCGAGACUGAAAGCAAGGCAAGGAAUCAGCAUCCUGACGCUGGCGGACGCCGACGUGAAGGACCCGCAGACGAUGGAAAGCGUGCCCAGGGACGGGAAAACAAUGGGGGAAAUCGUGCUGAGAGGAAGCAGCAUAAUGAAGGGGUACUUGAAGGAUGAAAAGGCUACGGCGAAAGCCUUCCGGAAUGGCUGGUUCUUCACUGGGGAUGUUGCGGUGGUCCACCCCGACGGAUACCUGGAAAUCAAGGACAGGUCGAAAGACGUGAUAAUCUCCGGAGGAGAAAAUAUAAGCAGCGUGGAGGUGGAGGCGGCGCUGUACAAGCACCCAUCAGUGGUGGAGGCGGCGGUGGUGGCUAUGCCGCAUCCCAAGUGGGGGGAGAGCCCAUGUGCAUUCGUGACAAUGAGAAAUUCCGCCGCCGUGGAAGAGGCUGACAUCAUUCAGCACUGCCGGCGAAACCUGCCGAAUUAUAUGGUGCCGAAGAAGGUGGCAUUCAUGGAGGAAUUGCCCAAGACUUCAACCGGGAAAGUGCAGAAAUUUCAGCUGAGAGCCAUUGCUAAGACCUUCGAGAUUUCAUCGGAGAAUGAGAGCUGUUCGGCCAAGAAAUCAUCUUCUACUACUCCACAGAGCAGCUGGGAAAUGCCAAGACAUUACCAAUACCAGAAUCAGGAGCAGAUUCUUGCUUUAUCUCGUCUGUAACAUUGCACCUAACCGGUAAUAAAAAUUCAGGUGCUAAUUAAAAGCAAUAAGAACAGAGUGUAGGGGUGUGUGCGCAGAAAGUACGAACAGUUGUUUUUGGCUGCUGCAAUCAAUUAUAUUUUUUAUUUUAACGAUAAAUUGUAUAAUUUCCCCAUAAAGUUCUCGUAAGCGGGUGUCUGCUUAA